UUUGAAAUUAAAAAAAUAUCUCUGUUUCUCUGACACUCUCUCUCUCUGUUUCUACUUUCAAGAUUCAAAUUUUUGUUUCCCCUGAUCCACUCGUCUUUGAAUUCAUAUCUGUUUCUUGCCAUUCUGAUCUCUAUUUGAAACCCUAGAUCCAUAUCUUCUCCACUUGACACUAGUUCACGAUCUGCGGUUCUCGAUCCCAAAACGAAGCUGGUAAUGCUAGAUCCUACCGAGAAAACAGUUAUCGAUUCAGAGGCCAUGGAAAGCAAACUCACAUCAGUAGAUGCGAUCGAAGAACACAGCAGCAGCAGUAGCAGUAAUGAAGGUAUCAGCAACGAGAAGAAGAGUUGUGCCAUUUGUGGUACUAGCAAAACCCCUCUUUGGCGAGGCGGUCCCGCCGGUCCCAAGUCGCUAUGUAACGCAUGCGGGAUCAGAAACAGGAAGAAGAGAAGAACACUGAUCUCGAAUAGAUCAGAAGAUAAGAAGAACAAGAAUCACAACAGAAAUCCAAAGUUCGGUGACUCGUUGAAGCAGCGACUAAUGGAAUUGGGGAGAGAAGUGAUGAUGCAGCGAUCAACGGCUGAGAAUCAACGACGGAAGAAGCUCGGCGAAGAAGAGCAAGCCGCCGUGUUACUCAUGGCUCUCUCUUAUGCUUCUUCCGUUUAUGCUUAACGAAUUUUCUGGAUCUUAACCUUAAAGUUUUCAGGUGAAAUAAAUUUUGUAGGAUGUGUAACGAAUUAAUGUGUAAUUUUUUGUAUGUGUUUGUUGUGUUGUUUGAAUUAACUAAAUUUUGAAAUUUUUGUAUCUGGUUUAUGUGAUCUGGUGAAGAAUGAAUGAAUGAAAGGUCAAGAUGAUUUUCUUCCGACAA